GAUCCUCUCCCUGUGAUAGCCGAACUAAGACUGCCAUGCGCGUCGAUGCGUGACGGUUAAAUAUGUCACGUGACUUGUGUGAGCCAAUAGGAUGUGAUGGAGGCGGAGCAUUUCCUUCUAUGGCAAAUUUAAUUCUACGGCAAUGCACCGGUCACAUGGUAAUAUACGUCUAGUCAUCAAUAUUGAGACAGAGCUCACCACGCAUGCGCCACGGACCGCAGCCUCGCACCUGCGCACUACUGACAGAGUCCCCUCCGCUGUCCUGUAGUCUCAGCACCAUAGAGCGGCCCCGGGGUACAGAGCGCCCGUGACUCACCCGCCGCUAUAUAGAGCGGAGCAGGAAGGGAUGGAGCAAUAGAGCGGAGAACCGAGCCGGGAGCGGGGCCUCACCGGACAGGAGCGGAGAACGGAGCUCACCGGAGAGUCACAGGAGCGGAGAACGGAGCUCACCGGACAGUCACAGGAGCGGAGAACGGAGCUCACCGGACAGUCACAGGAGCGGAGAACGGAGCUCACCGGACAGUCACAGGAGCGGAGAACGGAGCUCACCGGACAGUCACAGGAGCGGAGAACGGAGCUCACCGGGCAGUCACAGGAGCGGAGAACGGAGCUCACCGGAGAGUCACAGGAGCGGAGAACGGAGCCGGACCUCACCGGACAGUCACAGGAGCGGAGAACGGAGCUCACCGGACAGUCACAGGAGCGGAGAACGGAGCCGGAGCUCACCGGAGAGUCACAGGAGCCGCCCGGAUCCAGAGCCUGUCAGCCGGUGCUCGCCAUGUCGGAGGAGGAUUGUCGCCUUCUGCGGAGUCGCCGCUUAAUCUCAAAGUCUCCGGUGACCACAGAAAAAGAUGAAGUAAUGAGAAGAUCGGAUGGGGACCGGCAGCUGAGGACCACCAGUAAUGGUUUCAUGGACUUGGAACAUGUGAUCAACAGAAAAAUGGAGCUGAAGAGGAAAGCGGAGGUGUUGAAGAGCGAUCUGAUGAAGGAAGUCGACAUUCACUUCAAUGAGUUUGUGAACAACUUUAUAGAGGAGACAACGGUUCUAGAAGCUUCUGCCAACUGCUACCCUGGAAAUGCUGAAAAUGAUGGCCAUAAAGUGAGGACGCCGCGGCCGCCUCCAGAUCACGGGAAGAUGUUCGUCUCCAGACGUUCUCUAUUGGAUGAACUCUUCGAGGUGAAUCACUUCCGCACAAUCUACCACAUGUUCAUCGCCCUCCUCAUCCUCUUCAUCCUCAGUACGCUGGUCGUGGAUUGUAUCGACAAGGGCCGGCUUGUUCUGGAGUUUGAUCUUUUGUUCUACGCCUUUGGGAAGUUCCCCAUCGUGUUCUCCACGUGGAUGUGCAUGUUCCUGGCCACGCUGAUUGUUCCGUACGUCCUGCUGUCCACGUGGGCUCAGGGAUACCGGACGUCGUCCUACCGCACGCUGCGCUCCCUGCUGUACGCCGCACUCUUCCUCACCUUCCAGAUGCUCGUCCUGGGGUUCUGUCCGGCGUACAUCGUCCUACAGCACGACUUACCCCCCGCGUCCAGGUUCAUCGUUAUCCUGGAGCAGGUUCGGCUGAUCAUGAAGGGUCACUCCUUUAUAAGAGAGAACAUCCCGCGGGUCUUGUCUUCGGCCAAGGAAAAGUCCACUGUCGCGCCGGUCCCGCAGGUUACACAAUACUUGUAUUUCCUGUUUGCUCCGACCCUGAUUUACCGAGACAACUAUCCAAGGAAUCCCUCCAUACGAUGGGGAUAUGUGGCCACAAAAUUUGCUCAGGUGCUUGGCUGCCUCUUCUACGCCUACUACGUCUUUGUCCGCCUCUGUAUCCCGCUAUUCCGAAACAUCAGCCAAGAGCCGUUCAGCCUCCGCGUCCGGGUCCUCUGCGUGUUUAACUCCAUCCUGCCAGGUGUCCUCAUCCUCUUCCUCGCCUUCUUCGCGUUCCUCCAUUGUUGGCUCAAUGCCUUUGCCGAGAUGCUUCGUUUCGCUGACAGAAUGUUCUACAAGGAUUGGUGGAAUUCCACGUCCUUUGCCAACUAUUACCGCACCUGGAACGUGGUCGUCCAUGACUGGUUGUACUACUACGCCUAUCGGGACCUCCUCUGGUUUUUUGGCAGGAAGCUUAAGGCGGUGGCCAUGUUGUCGGUGUUCAUGGUGUCUGCUGUGGUUCAUGAAUAUGCCCUGGGGAUCUGCUUUGGAUUCUUUUAUCCGGUUAUGUUCAUUCUGUUUAUGGGAUUUGGCAUGAUUUUUAAUUUUAUUCUUCACGACCGUCGGAAAGGUCCCAUUUGGAAUGUGAUCAUGUGGACAUCUCUGUUCCUGGGUCAGGGUGUCCUGCUCUGCCUGUACUCUCAGGAGUGGUACGCCCAGCGCCAUUGUUCACUCAACAAUCCCUCCCUGCUGGACUAUUUGAAGCCGCGCUCCUGGACCUGCCAUGUGGAGGAGCUGAGACCAUGAGCCCCUGAAUGUUUUUUUGACCACAGACUUUGGUAAAGAACCUGUCUACUCUCCUUCCUCUCGGAUAACCAGCCAAUCGUGAACCCAGACACCAGCGAUGGAGACAUAUGGAGGAGGAUUUACAGCGGAUAUUCUCUGCCGGUUCCCCAGCGUCCGCCUCCUGUUUAUCUGAUGCCAAUUGCACAAUGUUUUACUGAAUGUAUUCCCUUUCGCUGCCAUGACAGGGACCACUGAGUGGCCCUAAUGUACUUCCUGCCCCAUGGAAACAAAUGCUGCAUUACAAAGCAAUAAUGAGGUUGUAACGUCCCUGCGCCCAUGAAUUCGGUGACCAAAGACUUUCUCAUCUCUCGCCACUUCUUGGUCUUGUGUAUUUUUGUGUCGGGGUCAACAAUCUAAUUUUCCUUCUGACCUUUUGUUGCUCUUACAGAUUCUUAAAACUACAUUCUGUUAUGGACAUGAAACUCCUGUGGUAGCUGGGCAUGGGUGGUAGGGAAUGGGCAAUGGUACAGUCCAAAUGGGACAGUGACCGGAACCUUUUCUCAUACGGUUGUGAUGGAGACGGGAUGACUUUGUGGAAGACGCUGAUCAGUUAUUGGCGAAUUCACACAAUCGCUAUUGACUUUAGUUAGGAGAGUGCAUCAUAGUCAUGUGACCUAACGGCUGACCUACCUCUGGCCUGUAUGUGGUGCUGGGGAUGCCGGUCUGAACAGCCUCUUCAUGAUGUCACACAACAAUUUUUCUUUUUAAUCUUUGAGAAGUUUCUCUGACUGUUUCAUUUAGUUUAAUUUUUUCCUGUAGUCAGUGCAGAGGAUUCCACAAAGUCCCGUUCAGAUGGAGCAGUCAGAGAAAUGGUUGCAGUAUAAGACAGAUCCUCUGCCUGCGGUUCUCUUUAUAUGGGUGUCCUAUCACAGUGUGGGAUUGGCACGAGUGACACCGGAUGGGGUUAGGCUCUCCUCUUUAGGGAUGAUGGCUUUCAGCUUCUCUCUGUCGGUCAUGUCCCCCUGUGUCUCUGUAGCGCCCCCUCUGGGUCGUGUCCCUCUGUGUCUCGGUCCCGGCCGCUUUGUCUCUUCUUGUCAGUCAUUCUGCACUUUAGAAUCUGUCUUUCCUCCCUGCGUACUCCACGUCCAUUGCGGUAAGUUACCGCCUCCUCAGUAUUGCCGUUCUGCAGCAUGGUAUUUUCCGGGCAUAGAAAUGCAUUGAGCAUCUUUGGGAAGAGAAGGGACAAUUCUCAUUCUUAAUAGUUAGUUUAUUCUUUGUCAUUAGGAUGAUGACACAACAAUCGCACAAAGUUAGACCAGAAUGAUGGACUUUAGUAUUAAUUCGAGGGACACAGUAAUGGAGGGAUGAAGAAGCCUUCACGUGGCUAAUAGUGCCCAGCGAUGGGAACGUCUCCAGCCAUGGAGCAGGAUGGGCCCCAUACUCUCCCCCUCGUCCGUCCUGAUCCUGGAGUCGUAGUUCAUUUAUGUUGCUGUGUGCAUUCCUUCAGUCUCUUAUGGUGUAAAAUCCUAAAGCAUUAUUAGUGCUGUGAAAACAUGGCUGCCAGUAGCCCAUGUGCCUUGUUCUUAGGACUUUUGUAAAAGCUUCAGACAGAAUUGCCGGGGUCCCUGAUCCCGUAUACAGGAGCGGAGCAAGAAGAUGGUAUGGAGGGUCCCUCAUAAGCGGACAGGUCUCUGCUUCUGGUGUUGUAGCUCUGAUCUUACAUCUUGAAGCAUAGAAACAUAAUGGCCGCCACCAUCUGUAGUCGCCCUGUGCGAUGUCUCAAACUCGACCAGACUGAAUGUUUUGAUAUUUUUCUAUUCCGUCCUUAAUUUUCAUUGCAGCUUGUAAGGAGAUAUUUGUAGAUGCCGUUACUGCAAAAGAUCCAAGAUGGUGUCAGGUUUACACUCGCCUUAUCGGACGCAGGCGGCAGCCAUAUUUAAUCAAAUGUUGAUUUUGUUUAAGUUAUUUUUUUUUUGUUACAAGCUAAUAAAAAUCAUGAAAUUACUGUCAGAUGAUACACUGAUGACUAUACGCUGAGCAGUGACUAUAUGGUGACGAUACGCUGAGCGGGGAUGAUAUGGUGGCUAUACAGUGACGUACUUUGAGCGGUGACUAUAUGAUGACUUACGCUGAGCAGUGAUAAUACCUUGAUCGGUGACGUACGCUGAGCGGUGACUAUACGGUGGUGAUACGCUGAGCGGUGACUAUGCGGUGACGUACGCUGAGCAGUGAUAAUACGUUGAUCGGUGACGUACGCUGAGCGGUGACUAUACGGUGGUGAUACGCUGAGCGGUGCCUAUGCGGUGACGUACGCUGAGCAGUGAUAAUACGUUGAACGGUGACGUACGCUGAGCAGUGAUAAUACCUUGAUCGGUGACGUACGCUGAGCGGUGACUAUACGGUGGUGAUACGCUGAGCGGUGACUAUGCGGUGACGUACGCUGAGCAGUGAUAAUACGUUGAACGGUGACGUACGCUGAGCGAUGACUAUCUGGUGAUGAGCGGUGACUAUACGAUGACGUACGCUGAGCGGUGACUAUACGAUGACGUACGCUGAGCGAUGACUAUCUGGUGAUGAGCGGUGACUAUACGAUGACGUACGCUGAGCGGUGACUAUACAUGGCUACGGUAACUGCUGGAAUAUAAAAUGGUUAUUCUGCUUAUUGUAGGAUAUAUUAAAAAGGAGAUUGAGAAAUAAAUGUCAUUUUCUACAUGUGUAAGGUGUCAGCUGUUAUACCUCA